ACAACUUUAACAAAACAAUAUUUUCUCAGCUGAUGAACACGCAAUAACUCAACGGUAGCGCCGCUCACUCUUAACGUCAACAUCUAGAAAACUGAAGCAAUUGCAAUUUUGAAAUCUCCCGGCGGAUAAGGUAAACACAAGUCAGUUAUUUGACAUGGGUUACGGCUUAAACAAAUUUGUGAACCACGUGGAUCAAAAUCUACUCUGUAGUAUCUGCGCUGGUGUUUUACAAGAAGCGGUUAUAACACCUUGUGGACACUCGUUCUGCGAUGAAUGCUUGCAUAUAUGGCUAAGCAGACCCAACACGAAUUCGUGUCCUUCCUGCCGCUCAGAUAUUUCACCUUACGAUGUUAUUCCCGUGUUGGCGUUGAGAGGAGUCGUAGAGGGUUUGGCGGUACACUGUGAUAAUGAUGAACACGGCUGUAAAAUGGUUUUAAAACUGGAAAAACUAUCAGCCCAUUUACAAGUGUGCGAGUUCGCAUUGAUUGAGUGUGGCGCGUGUGGGAAAAGCGUGAAACGGUUCGAGUUACCUGACCAUCACGAGGAGUGUGAAAUUAUAAAAGAUUUGGUUGCAAGACACAAGAAGACACGGAAAGAAGAACUCACCAUUGAUAAUCUCACAAAACAGAUUGCACUGCUGGAAGUGGAUUUAAACAAGACUAAAACAGCUUUGAGAGAAUCAGAGGGGGAUGUGCGCCGGGUCAAAAGGGAACUGAGAGAACUACAAUUUCAGUUAGAAGUGAGAAUGUCAGAAGAGGAAGAAUUUGAUCAAGACUGGGACCCGGAAUAUAACUAUGGAUAUUCUCCCUCAAGCAUCGCUCAACUUGCUAGUUUGGUGUCCCGAUAUCUGUUGAACAAACCUUAUUAUGUUGAUCGCAACCGCAUUUUUAACGCGAUCAAGCGCUGUUAUGAUUACUACCACGGCUAUGCGGGUUAUUCACAAGAUGUUCACAUGUUACUUGCUGCGAGUUAUGCAAGUAAUUGGUUCACAGAGAACCAACGAUCAAACUUCGAUUCGUGGCUGCAAAAUCUUGCGCGAGCACGGUUUUUGAUUUCAAGCUAAUGACGGGAUAGCGAAAAAUCGCUCUUCUUUUCAACCUCAGGUGACAAAUUUGCAUUUUUCCAGCAUGACUUAAAUAUUGAAACUGAAAUUUUUUUCACGGCAUUUCAUGCAAUAUUCGAGACCAAAGCAGUGCUGGUAAAAAACUUAAGGUUGAUGUUGUGGGAUUUUCAAAUCACUUAAAAUCUUUGUCAAAGAAACUAAUUAAUCUGCGACAGCAGGUUGUACUCAGAGAUCUUUACAAAUUAUUCAAACAAGUGAUGUUGCGGCGGUUAUGGAUUGUUAAGAAAGCUAAAUGAAGCGAAAUUGUUUCCAAACGAUGUAUGCGAGUAUUGUGCUCUCACAAUGCCAAAACAAAAGAAAAUGAACGCCCAAUAAAUUUUGAAUGAAAGGAAAUUUUAGAUAUCGUUCUUUAAUGGAGUUUUAGCAAGUUCUACCUAUGAUAAUCCCAUACAAAACUUAUUUGUGUUGAAUCUUUCUGAGAAAACAAACAACUCCAAAACCUGUGACAGCCUAGUCUCUUUAGAAACGAUUGCAAACUCUGAAAAAUGCACCGCUAAAUAAAAUAAAAACGGGAAAUAAUAUUGAAGUUUUCAAUCAAAUUGAAAGAAAUCCAUUUCCCUCACACGUCCAUUAAAUUCAGUUCCUUUUAUCCGCAGACGCGAAGAACAAAACUUGAUCUGAAUAACAAACAAGUCUACAGCUGUCAAGCUGAUAGGAUUUUCCGUAAAAGAGAGAAAAAAAGAGAGAGUGAUAGGAAUAUGUUUCAAGUAGGCUGGACACAAAACUGUUCUCGCAGUUAAUUUUCCUCGCAGCCUGCAAACGUGCUAACGACCAUAAAUUCGAACCGUAUUAAAAUAGCUAAAAUUGUAUGUCUUUGAACAAGGAAAGACUUUAUUUGAUCAGAAUACUGUUUUAUCAUAUAAUUAAUCAGAUAAACACAUCUGUCAGCGUUGAAGUGGAGAUUAUUUGCAAAUUCACGAUCUCGACUUCUCUUAUAACGAUGAAGGUAUAUUUUGAUUUCUCUAAUCGACUUCUAACAAUUCGCCAAGGCCUUUUUCCCCCUCAGAACAGACGUGGAAGCUUGUGGCUUCUAGUUUCUCGAUUUCCUAUAGUCUAUAAGCAAGUAUAAAUAUGCUAUCGUGUUCUUUUAAUCCGCGACCUUCUUUUGACUCAUCCCACAAAACAUUUAUUAAAAAAGCCGACGAUUUCUACUGGAAUGAUUUGUUUGUGUAUUGAUGGGAAGUUAAUCUUUUCUGUCGGGUUUUUAUUAAGUGUCGCAAAGAGAGGCCGCUCCUUUAAAGAACCCGACUCCACUACAAUUCUGGUAUCAAAAAUGUCAAAACGGAAAUAAGUUGUUCAAAUGGGGCCUUAAUUCUUCAUUAAAACCAAUAGUAUUUAGUAAACACGGACAAGUAGAGAAAGACUGAACUCGCCGACAAAUCAAGCCAUAUAGGAGGUAUUUAUGUAACAACCAUCCCCUUGUACUGCUAUCUAAAUCAGUCACUUUGAAUAGCCACCAAAUGUUUGAGACUAAAACGGGUUCAGAUUUGGUUGUUUUUCUAAGCGCCGCUAUCGUGAGUACUCUGUAAUUUCACUGAUUGAUCAACGGUAACCAUUAUAUUAUCUCGGCUUGAGCCAAUCAGGGCUCGCAGUCUCACUGGGCGGUUCCCCAGCACUCUUUCCGUUAAUCUUGCGCCCAAAAGAGAGAGGUCUGGGGAAAGAAUCUCUCGACCCUUGGAACAUGGUAAAAAUAAUAGCUCAAUCUGCGCGAAUUUGUACAAAGUGGGUUUAAAUUUUUAGGGUUACGAUAAAAAAA